AUGGGGCGCGAAGAUCAGAUCGAAGAGCGCGAGGUGCUCGAGUCGAUCUUCCCCGACGAGAUCACAGAUAUAUCUGAGGUCGAGUAUCGAGUAUCAAUCGCGUUGGACAUCCCAGGCGAGGAAGAAGAAGAGCCCCCGACGAUGCUCCUGCAAGUGCGCUACCCGCCCGAAUACCCCGAGAAGGCCCCCCACCUCGACGUCCUCGCCCCUCCCAAUGCGGUCCCCCAUGAGUUCUUCAAUGUCGCCGACGACCGCGAGCAGCUCCUGUCUACUCUCGACGAGACCAUCGAAGAGAACCUCGGCAUGGCAAUGAUCUUCACCAUUGUCUCGAUGCUUAAGGAGUCGGCCGAACAGCUGGUCCAGGAUCGCAAAGACGUCAUCACCAGAGCCCAGGAGGAGGCCCGCGCCGCCGCCGAGGUGGAGGAGAACAAGAAGUUCCACGGCACCGCCGUCACCCCGGAGAGUUUCCUCAAGUGGCGCGAGAGCUUCCUCAAGGAGAUGGAGGAGGUGCGGCAGCGCGAGGAGGACGAGCGCCUGGCCGAGAUGAAGAAGGCGAAGGUCAAGGAACCCACUAGGUUGUCGGGUAGACAGCUCUGGGAGGGCGGAAUGGUUGGCAAGGUCGAGGAAGAGGACGACGACGUGCCGAUCGAGGCCAUUGAGAAGCUCAAGGUCGAGGCGGCGUAA